UUAAGUCGCUGUUGGCGGACGGAAGUGAUCGGCAUCCAGGCGUGGAGGUAAACAAAUGCACAAGAAAGCUUGCUGACUUUAAGAGCACUACCACACAAGCGAGGAAAUGUCUCGUUUGAGAGGCGCGCAGCAGGUGGAUUCAGUACGAGGCUUCAGGACGCCCGAAAGUGAGCCUAGCGUCCCGUAUGGACUCCUCAAGGCGGCCCGGCAGAGCGGAACGCUAAAUCUGACCAAUCGGAGUCUCACCGAAGUUCCGGCGAGCGUGUACCGGCUGAAUGUGGACACACCCGCCGAGGCCCAUCACAACGUGUCAUUCGGCGCGUCAGAGCGCUGGUGGGAGCAAACGGACCUCACUAAGCUGCUGCUGGCGUCCAACCGUCUCACAAGCUUGUCCGAUGACAUCCGACUGCUGCCUGCGCUCACCACGCUCGAUCUGCACGACAACCAACUGCAGAUGCUGCCGGCCGCCUUGGGGGAACUGCGGGAGCUUCAGCAGCUGCGACUCGGUCUCAACCGUUUGAGGUCACUGCCAAUGGAGGUGUAUGCUCUGAAGAACCUGCAGAGCCUGACACUGCAGCAGAACCUGCUGGACGAGCUUUCUGAGGAGCUGGGACAACUGGAGGCGCUGACCGAGCUGGACCUGUCCGACAACCGACUGACGGAGCUCCCGUCGAGCCUAGGCCGCCUCUGCCGCCUGCAGAAGCUCCACCUGUGUCGCAACGAGCUCGGCCGUCUGCCCGACAGCCUGUCACUGCUCACCAAUGUGAAGCUGCUGGACUGUAGCAACAACCUGCUGAGCGACGUUCCCACCAGCAUUUCGCAGAUGGCAGCCCUAGAGCAGCUCUACCUGCGCCACAACAAGCUUUGCCAACUCCCGCUGCUUCACGCGCCCGUGCUCAAGGAGCUCUACGUGGGCAACAACCAGAUCACCGGCAUGUCCGGCGAGCACCUAGCUGGCUUGGGCGUCCUGUCCGUGCUGGAGCUGCGAGACAACAAAAUCGGCGCACUGCCUGAGCAGCUGGCGGCGCUGGGCACACUCACGCGCCUCGACCUCACUAACAACAACAUCGGCACGCUUCCCGCGGCUCUCGGCCUGCUGCCCGAGCUGAAGAUUCUGCUGCUGGAGGGAAAUCCUCUGCGUGGGAUCAGGAGAGACCUGCUGACGAAAGGAACCAACGAGCUUCUCAAGUACCUCCGAGGAAGAAUUAAAGAGGACCCCAAGAGCGCUGGCGACGUGCCAACCGCCAUGACGCUGCCCAGCCAGGCCGAUGUCAACGUGCAUAACAUCAAAAUGCUCAAGUCGCUGGUGUACAGUGACAAGAAGGCUGAUCGCAUCCCGGACGAGCUGUUCCUGGCCGCCGCCGAGCACACAGUCACCUCUGCCGACUUCAGCAAGAACCUGCUGAGCGAGGUGCCACCGAGGCUGGCUGACACACGGGCGUCGCUGACGGAGCUCAAUGUAGCGUUCAACAGGCUGAGCUGCUGCGAGCCGCUCUGCUCUCUGGCCAACCUGCUGCACCUGGACCUCAGGAACAACCAGCUGAGGCAUUUGCCGGCCGCGCUGAAGAACUUGACAAGACUUCACUCGCUCAUCCUCAACUUCAACAAGUUCAAGUCCUUCCCAGAGGUUUUGUACGACAUGCCGUCGCUGGAGACCAUCCUGCUGGCCAACAACCAGGUGGCGAGCGUGGACCCCGCCCGCUUGCUGGGCCUGCUGUGCCUGUCCACGCUGGACUUGUCCAACAACGACCUGCUCAACGUGCCGCCUCAACUGGGCCUGUGCAUCACACUCAGGUCUCUCAGUCUUGAGGGCAAUCCUUUCCGGACGCCGCGAGCCGCCAUCAUGACCAAGGGAACGGACGCCGUGUUGGAGUACCUGCGCAGUCGCAUUCCUGCAUGAGCACCAGAAGUUUGUUGGUUUUCAAGCGCAUAUGGCCUCUGCUACCUGAAUGCCUGCAUGCAAUGGGGAGUCAAAGACGCAUGGGCUAACAGUUAGCAUCUAAGUGGCAGUGUUGUAUGGUAAAUGUUUUGAUUCAAUGGUCGGAGAUUAAUGCCUUUGAUUCCUUAUAUCACUGAUAUAUUCUUUUGUCAAAUGUAAAUAUUGGAAUUGAUAUUUGUCUAAUAAAUAAGUAAUCCCAGACUGUACACCAUGAAGAAAGUUAUCCUCAGACUCAAAUUACAUUACAGACAUGGGAAAAACUAAGUUAACAUUGCCACUAUGUGUUCUCACUAUUAAGAUUUUUUUAUUGAAAUAAAAAAUAAAAAACACAAAUAUAGUUGCUUUU